AUGAUUUCGCAAUUUACGAUUCUUGUUUUAUUGUUUUGUUUGCAAUUAGAAAUAAGAAGCCUUGUGAUACCGGCAAAUGAUAAAAAUGCCCCCGACAUAGAGGACAUAAUAUUGCCGAACAAGAGGGAAUCACUAACUGACUGUUUCUAUCGGUACUUUAAGUACGGUAAAAAUUCUAUCAUAAGACCCGCUUAUGGUCAACCAGCUUACCUGCGAGAGUUUGCACACGUGGCGGCGAUCGGCUGGACGCAACCGGAUAGCAGCAUUAAGUGGAACUGUGGUGGAUCUUUAAUAUGGGAAAACUACAUUCUAACGGCAGCACACUGUGCGGAGGAUGAUGACACCAAUAAGCCGGAUGUGGCACGAUUUGCUGAUUUGGAUCUUUUCAACGACACAGACGAUCAGUAUGCUCAGCAGAUAAAGAUCGUUGAGGUCAUAAGACAUCCGGAGCACACGUUUAGGGCGCGUUACCAUGACAUUGCUCUCAUGCGUCUGGAGCAUAAGGUUAAAGUACAUGAUACUGUCGCACCUGCCUGUCUGUGGAUCGAUGAUGAGAUCCGCUUCAAAACAUUCGAAGCCACUGGCUGGGGUGCCACAGGUUUCGGUGAAGAAAAGACACCGAUUCUACUGAAAGUGUCUCUGGCUCCGGUUGGCAAUGAGCGAUGCAUCCCACAUUAUUUGAAUCUGCGAGGAUUACGGAACGGUUUGCAUGCGAAUCAAAUGUGUGCUGGUGAUGUUCGUAUGGAUACAUGUCCGGGUGAUUCCGGAGGACCGUUGCAGGUUAAGUUGCUCCAUAACACUCACGUUACGCCAUUUCUUGUUGGUGUAACGUCGUUCGGGACUGCGUGCGGUUUAUCUGUGCCAGGAGUUUACACAAGAGUUGCUCCCUAUGUGCCGUGGAUUAGAACAGUGUUGAGUGAUCGCGGAGAAAAUGCGACAGAGUGGAAGUUUCAACCACAGGCGUGUGCUUUACGGUAUGCACAGUAUCGAGAAUACGAACCGAGAGUAUUGCUGUAUAAAGUGAACGGAGAAGAAUCGGUUGAUCUUUCCGAGGCGCAUUUGUUUGACACAGCUUCAAAACAGCUGGUAUCGAUUCAUUGGAAUGAAACAGACGACCGGAAGGAGUGCUUUGGAGUAAUAAUAGACGAGAGUACAGUGGUUACGCUUGCCCGAUGCACGAAGAAGAAUGGAACACCUCCAUCGUAUGUGAGAUAUAGCUAUAAUGAGAUUAACGUUGUGACACACUCCUAUAUGCAUCCCAACUGGACAGAAGGGUCGCUCUAUGGAGAUGUUGGACUACUCAGACUGGAAGAACCGCUGCAGUUUUCUUCGGAUUUCACACCAGCUUGCAUAUGGGAACGGGUUGACAUACCUGAUCCGGAAUUAGAGGUAUCUGGUCGCGGAUUGAAGGAGCUCAACACAAUCUACGUGGAUGAAGAUCCCUUGGAGGAUUCCGCCUCUCUAAAUCGUACUAUCGACGUGGUCGGUGUGGUGCAGUAUCACAACGGCACAAAUUGUUCCGUGUCGUCGGAUUUGUUGGCGGCCGAACAUCUUUGCUUUGGUGAUGAACAGUUCCUCGUUCCGGGUACGUGCCGACAAUCGCUAGGUGGCCCGAUACAGCGUGAAAUAAUGCGAUCAUCCCGCAGCUUAAUGUAUGUACUCGCUUUGAACCUUUUCGGUCGUGACUGUGGGUACGGUGAGUCGGCUGUUGGUGUGCAAUUGGCUUACCACAUGCCGUGGAUGGAAUCGAUCCUGCUACCAAGAACUGACGACCGGGAGGACAGUGAAGAGUCGUUAAUAUUUUUGAACCAUGAACUGGAAGAAGGUGACUCUUGUACGUUGGACAUUGGUACUAGGGAAGGUGUGUGCAUAAAUGCGACCAACUGUCCAUUUAUGCUGUAUCGCUUUCGUCAGAAGCAACCGGUUCGGUUUUGUCAGACGGGAUCAUUGUUGUGCUGUCCGCGUGAGUACAUUCGAAACGAAACUGAUGCGGAAUGGAGAGAGAUUGACGCUUGUGAGAAUAAACCGAUUGUUGAAGCUGAAGGUUCUUUUAGUCAACACUUGGUCACUAUUAUUCGCUUGGUAGGACAAGAGACGCCAGAUUGCAUCGCCACAAUGAUCUCUAGUAGAACCUUUUUGAUAGCAGCCAGUUGUCUGGUUGAUAAAAUCACCGAAUUAUAUGUACACUUGGAACUGCGACAUCUUCAAAUGGAGAUUAUAAUGGCAGUGGAAAAACUGUUAGUACAUCCCGAGUACAAUAGUACAACAAAGCAGCACAACAUUGCACUGGUAACCACUGUUAAUCGUACCGAAACUUACUUCGGACUGGUACCUGUGUGUCUCUGGCGUAACGCAACGCACACACCAUUUUAUCUGCAGCAAGUUGGGUUGGCAGAACAAGCCGAGCCCACAAUAUCGCCCGCCUUCACAAAGUUCAACACUGACUGUGAACGAACGUUUUCAAGGACUCUGGCGUCGCACGAACUGUGCUUGGAUGUGGAGUAUCCCGAGGAUAUGUUUGUGGUUGCCGAUGGAACACCUGCGUUCUGGCCCCAGCAGGGAUCUAUCAACUACCUCGUUGGUAUCGCUAGUCACAGCGCUCCGAACGAUAGCACUGUGUUCCUGCACACACGCAUAGCACCCUAUGUGAGCUGGAUAAAAAGUGUUUUGUGAGACUUAAUCGAUCUUGUUUGAGUACAUUACAUUCCGGGAGUGCUGUACAAUAAUGACAUUUUUUUUAAACAUUUUUGUUAUACAAAACGAGCUCCGUUGGACUUUCAAUAAUUAUUUGAAAGCAGUGCAAUGAUUCAUGAGGAGUGAAGAGUUCGAUCCUUAUGUAUAUAAACGGAUAUGGGAACACUAUGAAAAGAAAGAUUUGGAUCAAAGCAACCAGUUU